AUGGAGAACAAGGCACCGGGGACAGAGCCGCGGCCGGAGGGAUACACCUCUGCGACCAACGCGCGGGGACACGAGAAUUUCUUCCACCCAAAGCAAAGGCUAGAUAAGCAGAGCAUCCAGCGGGCAGGCCUGCGCUCCGCCAGGCGCGUUGGCCUGUGGUUCACGGUGACCCUGCUCGUGUUUGUUGUGAUGCCUGCCUAUCUAGGACCCUUGUACGUCAAGUACGUGGCGUCUAACGAGUGGCUGGAGCGGGCGUCGAAGUCGAUUUGGCAGAGGCGUAACGAGAAGGACUAUAAGUUGUACAUGACGCAGCGUAAGAAUACGUGGACGGAGUGGCUUGGCCUGAAGCGGUACAACAUCAGCGGGGAAGAGAACGACGGCGACAUCCAGAAGUAUCGAUGA